AUGUUCGACUUCGAUGACAUCGAAGCAGACGUCGAGCGCCAGGGAGCAGAGGCCUGGAAGGAGGCGGAGGCGCCGAGUGCAGCGCCCAGCGGCGCAGCCUUCGCGCACCGCCGGCCGGGCGCAGCGCCCAUCGAGGUCACCAAGAAGGUCAUCAUCCGUGGAGUUGCCGACGCGCCUGAGCUGGAGGGCAAGAUCGGCGAGAUCAUGUCCUUCGAUGCGGGCAGGUACAGCGUCAAGGUGAUGAACCUGAGUGGUCCCGGUGGCUACGUCCCCGGCGCCGCGGUGAACCAGGGAUCGCACAUGAAGACUUUGCUACCGGAGAACCUGGAGCUGCACCCGGACCAGGUGGAAAAGGAUCGGCAGGCUGCCGAAGACGGCGCGAUCGUCCUCCUCGGUGGCAACGAGGCCGAGAGGGCCGCCCGCGAGGCACUCUACUCCCUGCGGAUGGACCCGCAGCACUUCUUUGACAAGGCCGUGGAGCGGAUCCUGGCAGCAAGAAAUGAGUUCGAGGUCCUGAACCUUGAGGCGAAGUGGUACGGGAACGACAUGACGACCAUUAAGAGGGCCUACCGACGGAUCAGCGUUGGCAUCCACCCGGACAAGAACGCGCACCCACAGGCAGUCGACUGCUUCAGGAAGGUUUACGGUGCCUUUGAGACCUUGAUGGACAAGAAGCAGCAGUGGCGCUUGCUCUUCAUCCUCAACAAGCUCAAGGAUGACGAGGUGAACCUUUACGAGCUCGAGGCGGAGGAGGACGAGCGCUUCGAGUGGUGGCUGGAAGCGAAUGUUCCCGAAAUCGAGAAGCAGGCGGCGGAGAUUGAGGGAGGGGAGUUUGAGGAAAUUGGCGAGAAGUGGAUCUCUGACGGCACUGGCGGCAAUGUCAACGACGUGCGGUGGGCAGGCAUGGCCGAGAGUUUGCGACUCCACGCGGAGGACAAGGCCGUCUUCAUCGACUGCAGGGAGCGGUUUGAGUAUGAGAUCGAGCACAUCGAUGGCGCUUUCAACAUCCCCAUGCGCGAGUUCGUGGAUUUUGGCCUCGCGGGCGUGGCGGGGCCCUGGGUGAAGGAGGUGCUCAGAAGAAAAGACCAGCCGGUCAUCAUCUACAGCGAGGUGGCGACGCCCUUCUCGCGCUGCCGGGCCAUGAAGUCGCUCCCCGCCGAGAGACUGCGGCGGCUGCGGGGUGGCAUGUUUGGGUGGCGGCACAAGAAGGGAAAGAUCGUCCUUGCCAUCAAGGACAUCACGCCAGAGCAGAAGGAAGGGGAACCCAUGAAGGCAGCCUUGUAUCGGGCCACUGCCAAGCAGAUCGGUGCUCUCAAGCCCGGGAUGGAGGUGAACCUCCGCGUGCGGGUGAAGUGGUUCGAGGAGAAGUGCAGCCUCUUGGGUGGGAAGAAGGCGCCCGCCGCCAUGCUGCACGACUCCUCCGGCGGCGUGCUGACACUUCUGACGACCCCGGAGCAGGUCGCGGCUUGUCGCGAUGAUGGCCACCUCGUGGCAAAACUCGGGCCGGAAGCAAAGCUGGAGAAGAGCGACCGGGAGUUUACCUUCGGCUUCGAGGCCAAGAACGUGUCGGAAGACGUGCGCGCUCCGGACGGCGAAGACGAGGGCGAGGAAGCGGGCUAG